GGCGAAUGGCUGAAUUAAAAAGAAAAAGAUUCUGAGCGAGCGAACGGAAAAGCCAGAAAUGGCCACCUAGUCGAGUUGUUUUCGAUUUAUUAGCGCAAGAGUCGAGUUCGCCGCGCCGGUGAGGCAUCGUAAGCGCGCAAUUAGAUCCUCGGGCCGGCGCCUGUCGCGUUCGGACGUCCCAUGGAGCCGUCCGCCAACCGCAGCCGCCGCUCUUUCUUUCCGGACAUUCCCUGGCCAACAUGGCGAUUUUGAGGUGCUGAAAUGAGGGCACCAAUCAACCAGCAGCCUCGGAGGCCCAUUGUGGUCUCUGGCACUGCAUCAGCCACCCAAGAACACAGCCCGCAACAGGUUGUCGGUGGUUCGGCAGCUGUUCGACCUGCAGGCCCUGGGAUGGCCCAGAACAGCCCCCGCUUGCCCCCUCCCUUGGCAGGGGGCAACUCGGAGCUUUUAGGCCGUCCCGUGGUUUCGAACCUGGUUCCUCAAGGACGACCGUCGCCACUCCCCACCACUUCAGCGGCCGCCAGUCUCCUGAGGCCAACGGCCGCUCUUACACCAGUCAGACCUGCCAUUUCCGCACCAGUCUCUGCCCCCGCAAGAAAAAGGCUGUACUCGGGUUCAGGGGAAAACGAAGAGCCUCCGAGUAAGAAAAAACGAAUUUUUUCCCAUAAAACUACAGCAAUACAGUCGGCCAAGGACUCGUACAGCGAUUUGGUCACGGAGUAUUUUUUCCUAAGCACUGGGGGCAACAUAAUGGACUACCAGUUGUUCUGUAAGCGGCCGUCGCAGCAGUUCUAUGACUAUUGCAAGGCGCACAAACUGGAUGAGACCGACUCAGUGGUUAAGACUGUUGCGGACAACAAACCCUCCACGCCCUCCACCACCCUGAUUGAAUCCAAAGCUGCACUGACAACAGUGCGGAUGCCUCCUGCAAAAGUGCAGGUGCUGGCCUCGAAGCAAAUGCAGGGUGGGACGACACCGACCUUGAGUGACGCCUCCAGCAGCCAACAGAACAAACUGGUUGAGAAAGCCAAGCAAGAGGCGUACAUAGUGCAGCGCAUCAGUACAUUGCAAAAGGAAGGGCUGUGGUCCGAGAGAAGACUACCCAAGCAGCAGGAGCCGCCGAGGGCCAAGGCCCACUGGGACUACCUGCUGGAGGAGAUGGUCUGGCUUGCCGCAGACUUUGCACAGGAGAGGAAGUGGAAGAAAAAUGCAGCCAAAAAGUGUUCGAAGAUGGUGCAAAAGUACUUCCAGGAUAAGCAGAUCCAGGCGCAGCGGGCAGAAAAGAACGAAGAACAGCGAAUGCGAAAAAUUGCAGGCUUUAUUGCAAAGGAGGUGCGCAACUUCUGGGGCGAUGUGCACAAGCUAGUUGAGUUUAAGAACAAGACUCUGCUGGAGGAGAAAAAGCGCAAGGCGCUAGACCAGCACCUCAGCUUUAUUGUGGACCAGACUGAGAAGUACUCGUCACAGCUGGCAAAGGAGAUGGGCCGCGCAACAGAAGGCAACUCGGCCACCAGUGUAGCGUCCGACGAGCUGCUCAACUCGGAGCUCAACUCUGACAUUGAGUUCGAGCCAAAUGCUAGCUCUGAUGAUGAUGAGGAAACCAUCGCCAGGGCAGAGGGCCAGGUUGAGGAGCGCGAACAAACGGAGGAGGUCAAGUUGCUUGAGCAGGAGGCUAACCUACCGCUCGAUGACGUCAUCAACUCACUGCCCCCUCAAGUCAGGGAGGCCAUUAUGCAGGGCAAGAUGGCCACCCUCGACUCUGACAAGGAGGACCAUGCAGAGGAAGGGCAAAGGGAUGAUGAUGAUGACUUCGAGAGCGCCCAGGAGGAUUCCUCAGAUGAUGAGGAGACCAUUCAACAGCAGGAAAAGGAUGAGGGUGCAGUUGACUACAAACAAGAGCUCCAAGAACUUGAGGACGACAACAAUCUGUCAGUAGAACAAUUGAGAGCAAAGUAUGAUGCAACAGGAGACGGCGCUGAGCCAACCGAAGAAAUGGACGUGGAAAGAGACAGUGACGACGAAUCCGAGGCAGAAGAAGAUGAGGCUGAGGAAAAAAAUGAAGGAGAUGAAGAGCAAUCUGAUGCAGAGGAAUCUGCAAAGAGUGAGGAUGAGGAAUCUGACGAGGACGACCAAAACGAGGAGGAAGAGAAGGGUACUGAACUCAGCAUGUUGCUUGAGAACUCUGAGGAAAUGACUGACGUGGACAAGUUGGCGCACUCUGCUGAGGAGUAUCAACCAAAGGGUUACACUCUGUCAUCAACCAAAGUAGAGACCAAGGUGCCGUUCCUUCUGAAGCAUGGCCUUCGGGAGUACCAGCACGUGGGUCUUGAGUGGCUGGCAACCAUGUUCAACAAGAACCUGAACGGAAUCCUGGCCGAUGAAAUGGGCCUGGGCAAGACAAUCCAGACAAUUGCUUUGCUGGCUCACCUGGCGUGUGAAAAGGGGCUUUGGGGGCCGCACCUGAUCGUGGUGCCCACUUCGGUGAUGCUCAAUUGGGAGAUGGAAUUCAAGAAGUGGUGCCCUGCCUUCAAGAUCCUCACCUAUUACGGCUCCCAGAAGGAGCGGCGGCUCAAGCGCAUUGGCUGGACCAGAGAAAAUGCAUUCCAUGUGUGUAUAACCUCGUACAAGCUGGUCAUCCAGGACCAUCAGAGCUUCCGGCGCAAGAAGUGGGUCUACUUCAUCCUGGACGAGGCGCAGAACAUCAAGAACUUCAAGUCGCAGCGAUGGCAAUUGCUGCUCAACUUCCAGUCGCAGCGCCGCCUCCUGCUCACUGGCACACCCCUGCAGAACAACCUGAUGGAGUUGUGGUCCCUGAUGCAUUUCCUGAUGCCGCACGUCUUUGAGUCGCACAAGGACUUCCGAGAGUGGUUCUCCAACCCAUUGACCGGCAUGAUCGAGGGCCAAAACGAGUUUAAUGAGUCUGUCCUUAAGCGACUGCACAAGGUCCUUAGACCCUUCCUGCUGCGCCGCCUCAAAAGUGAAGUUGAGCGCCAGCUGCCCAAGAAAUAUGAGCACAUCACCAUGUGCAGACUUUCCAAGCGCCAGCGCUACCUUUACGAUGAUUUUAUGUCCAGGGCAAAAACGAAAGAAACGCUUGAGAGCGGAAACCUGCUGAGUGUGAUCAAUGUGCUGAUGCAGCUGCGCAAAGUGUGCAACCACCCAAACCUUUUUGAAGUUAGGCCCAUCAUCUCCCCCUUCCAAAUGGACGGCAUAAGCAUGCACAUCCCCUCCAUUGUGUACCACGCCCUUGAUUAUGACCAUCUGAAGGACAUAAACCUGAGUGCAGUGAACCUUUUACGGAUAAACUUUGAAUAUACAACAACUGCCUAUGUGGCACACAGGGUCAAAAGGUAUGUGACCCCAAAGAAGUUGAUUGAGGACAUCGAUCUGCAGCCAGAACCGCCUCCCCGGACGCCGCAAGGCAAAAUCAAGCUGAACGUCAAGGCCAACCCAAGCAGUCAGGCAAGACCUGUAGCGGCUGUAGCAGCGCCUCAGGUUUUGCCUGGUACAUCACCCAUUGUCAAGCACCUGGCGCUCAAGACAGGCUCUCAGGUGGUGCUCAAGCUCAAAGGCAACGGCACCUCACCUAGUUUCCCUGUUCAGUUCAUCCACAAUGCUGAUGGCGGACCUAAAGCUGUUUCAGUGGCCCCAAUGAAUGUGGUGUCCUCAUCUGGUACCAUUGGUAGUAAUCCCAUCCUCAAAACAAUUCAGAGAAGCACGACCACCUUCCCUCAGCUGGUGACCACGGCAGAGGGCAAGCACAUUCUGGUGCCAGCGUCACAAAGCAUUUCAAGCAUUGCCGGUGGCUCAACGCCUCUUGGCACCCUGACUACCAGUGCAGGGCGCCCUGUUCUCAGAGUGCCGCCUAUGCCAGCUAAACCUGCUCUGGCAACAACGCCCCUGGUCGUCAAACCAAAUGCAGCUGCCUCCACUAGUGCUGUCCCUGGAGGCCCCCUCAUCCGAACGACUAUGUCUUCCAUCACCCUGCAGCCCUCAAAGAGUCUGAUAACCACCAUGGCCGAGUCCGUCCGACUUGGUCUUGAAGUCCAAAAGCAGAAGUCACCUUUUCAUUUGGCGGACGUGGAGGAGGCCAAGAAACAGGCGAGGAAGGACAAAUUGAGUUCCUUGCACCGCAUUAACGUCCAACACUGCGAGUCAUGUCCACUGUUUGGUGCAGACCUGAGAGAGGCAUGCAACAUGAUGCACUCUUUCGCCGCACCAGGCAGCGCCUUCAAUCCCUUCAGGUGGAAUGAGAGCAGUGGAAUGAUCAGUUGCCUGAAGGCGCAAGACGAAACCCUGCAGGAUGAGUUGUGGGUAGUCACUAACGCCCUUAGAGACGCCAUCUUGUCUCGCACGGUUAGACUUGAUCAGCUCUCAGAAACAGUCAGCCGGUUUAUGUUGUAUGUGCCUGCGGUAAACGCGCCUGUGGCUCGACUGCACGCUUCACACGGCCACCCGUCCAAGUUGAGGCUGGAGGCGCUUCGCGAAGAGGCUCUUUGUCGAGAGCUUGCUCCCCGCGCUAACUUCUUGCAUCCCAUUGUCAACAGCAUGAGCACCCAGUUCCCCGACCCUAGGCUCAUUCAGUAUGACUGCGGCAAACUUCAGGUAAUGGACAAGCUGUUAAGAGAGCUGAAAAGUGGCGGCCACCGGGCGUUGAUCUUUACGCAAAUGACUCGGAUGCUGGACGUCUUGGAGUCAUUCCUCAACUACCAUGGCUAUAUCUACCUGAGGCUGGAUGGUACCACCAAGGUUGACCAGCGAUUGGUGUUGAUGGAGCGGUUCAACAACGACAAGCGCAUUUUUGCAUUCAUCCUGUCAACGCGGUCAGGAGGCGUGGGUGUUAACUUGACAGGAGCGGACACAGUUAUCUUCUACGACAGCGACUGGAACCCAACAAUGGACGCGCAGGCGCAGGAUCGUUGCCACCGGAUCGGCCAAACCAGGGACGUGCACAUCUACCGAUUGGUUAGUGAGAUGACUGUUGAGGAAAAUAUCCUCAAAAAGGCAAACCAGAAGCGGCUCCUCGGUGACCUCGCCAUUGAGGGUGGCAACUUCACCACUGCUUACUUCAAAAACUCAACAAUCCAUGAGCUGUUCAAUGUAAAUGUGAGCGAGAGCAGCGCCGCUCGACGGAUGGCAGAAGUUCUUGAAAACACGCAGCAGCCAGAGGCCCUGCUCAAAGUGUAUUCGGCCGAUGAGGAGAGGCAGCAAGAAGAGCUAGUUACAGAGGAGGAGGAGGAAGAUGCUGUUGUUUCGAAGGACAGGGUGGCAGUUUGCAACCUGGAGAAUGUGUUGGCUGCAGCUGAGGAUGAGACGGAUGUAAUUGCCGCAAGAACAGCACGGGCAGAAGUUGCUGCUGACCUUGAGGAGUUUGACGAGAACCUUGUCGUUGAAGAGAACAGGGAGGCAGAAACACUGAGCAAGGCCGAGCAAGACAUUCAGUACAUGGUGGAGAAGCUGUCUCCAAUCGAGCGGUAUGCAAUGAAGCUGGUAGAGGAGAGUGAGGCGCCCGUGGCCGCAGAACAGCUGGCGGCUACAGUGGCUGAGAUUGAGCAGCAAAAAAAGGAGUGGGAGGUGCAAAGACUGAGGGCCGAUGAGGAGGAGCGACAGCAGCAGGCAGACGAUACCCCUUCCGACCUGCUCACCUACUCGUCGCGCGACGCCCGAUCUCAGAUCUGGAAGUCUGGCGAGGAGGUCAUGCCUAUGUGGUGUCCGCCGACGCCUCCCCAGGAGACCAAUGACGUCUACAUUGAUCACAACUUGGACCUGCUCUAUGAAAACUCGCCUAUGGCAGAGGAGCGGCUGCCGGGCGUGCACUCAAAGCGUGACCUCAAAAGGGUGCGAGAUUACCUACCGGGGGGUGCCGCCAGUGACAGAGACCGCCGCCCAUUCAACAAACUCAGGCGCACCGACGAGGUUGCCACAACAGGCUCACACACUCCAAGCUCGUUCAGGUCAUUGUUUGACCGUCCGUCACCGGCACUGCUUAAGAUCCGCAAAGAGUUGAAGAGCCAGAAAAUAAGGGGAAUUGGCGGAGCACCGCGAAUUGCUUCGCUGGUGCCGUUUGCCUCAGGGCUGGUGGCAACGCCAAGGGCUUCGCCCACAGGCGGCGCCACCACCCAGCCUGACAACCAGCCUGCGUGGCUCAUCUUUGAGGAUUGGGCAUUGCUGCAGGCCGUGCAGAGCAUGCAGGAGAUCAGUCUCAACCUGUUCAUCAUCAACCCUGGCCACACACCCAACUGGGACCUUGAGGCCGACAUGGUGAACUCGGUCUCUCGCAACUACCGAUCCCCUAAACAGUGCAGGGCCAGGUAUGAGAGCGCCAUCAUCCCUAGGGAGGAGGGGCGCGUCCAGCACGAGCCUAGUCCCAAAAAGCUCAAAAAACACAAGAGUCUCCACAAGUCUCAACAGUCUGGACGAGCUCUGAGGACGUCACAGUUGUUCACACAGGACAACGGCGCCUCAUACUUAAAAAUGAUCACCGAGCGGUCAGACGUGAUACUGGGCAUUGCAGCCAAGCGGACGCCGCCUGUUAAGCCCAUGUUCAGCAACACCCUGAGCCGAAACCAGAAAGGCUCAACCCACCUGGCUGACAUCAAUUAUGACACGCCUCUCAACCCCAUUGAGGUUGUUGCCCGCAGGAACGAGAGGCUAAACAAAAUCAAGAACCAGCAAACCAAUCUUGCUGAGCAGUACCGUCUGCAAAAUCAACAGGGCGGCCAUGCCGCCACCACCACCACGCACUUGGUGCCGGCCAAAGUGAGCAAGGUGGCUGCCGUAGCGACUACCUCAUCCUCGUCAGCCUCCUCCUCGCCGGCAGCUGUGGCCAAAUCUCCACCAGCAACACCUCCUCCAUCUGCAGCAACAGCCGUGGCCAGCGGCCAAGUGGCCGGAAUGACGCCAGUGGUAGUGAACAUAUCGCAACAUCCAGUGGCAGCAUCGACAACUGUGGCAACCGUGGCUUCGAGUUCGCAAACUUCGGGUGGCACCACUACCAUCCAGACCAUUGGCCAGCAGGUUCGAUCACCACGAACCACGGUGGCUCUCACCGUGCAAGCCCCUGGCGGCAACUUACUGCCCGUCACCCAGAUUCCUAUGCACCAGUCUCAGCGCUUCACCACCGCCAGCCUUGUCGCCACUCCCAACACAACCAAAGUGGGACGUGUUACAGGCACCCUUAUACCAGGCAAGAACCUGACACCACAGCAAGUGACUAACUACAUUCGGCAGCAGCAGCAGUUCAUCCAGCAGCAACAACAGAAGAAGUUGCAGGCGGCGGCCGAGGCAGGAGUCAUCACCUCGGCCACAAGCAGGACAAUUGCAGGAACGGCCACGUCAGGAGGCUCUGCAACUGUUGUAGGCCAGAAGGCGGCCACUAUUGGCAUUGCUACGCAGGGCGCCUCGGGUACUGCCACCUUGGCCGCUCUGCAGCUGCAGCAGCGAACUCCGAUACAGUACCAGAAACCGACAAGCCUUGUUGCACAGAAGAGGUUUUCAGAGGCCGAGCUUAACGCCCUGCUCAAGCGGCAACAGGUGACCAACCAGAAGGCAGCCACUGCGCAGGCGGCCACCACUUCUGCGGCCGCGGGCAGCAGUUCUCCAGCACAGGUGCAGAUCCAGACAGCCACUUCGUCUCCACAAGUCACUCAACAAACAGUUCAGUUUAAAACUACAGCGGCUACUACAUCCAGGGCAGGCACAGGUACUCCUCAACAAGUGCGACAGAUGACCAUGCAACUCGCUCAGAGGAAACUUGCCUCUGGAAAGGUGAUCCUCCAGGGAAACAAGCAACACAUCUCAGCCCUGACAAUGCAGCAGCUGCAGAUGAUCAAACAAGGUCAAAUGGCAGCUGCGGCGGCCGGUGGCAACGCCCCCAUAGUCACCCAUGCCGUCGUAACCAAGAACGUGAGUGGUGGCUCCGUGCAAAGGGUCAUCCCUGUCGGAACCGCAGCUGGUAACACGCAGCUGAAGCCCACCUUCCAGGUGGUGGCAGCAACGGCAGGGCAGCAGAUUGCAAGUCGAAGUGGCAAUCAGGUUCUCACCUUCCAAGACGCCACCAGCAGACAACCAGUGAGUGUGACCCUGUCCAACCGGGCUGGUGUCUCGCCAGCCCAAACGCAGGCCAUCAUUUCUCAGGUGACUGCCGCCCUGAACAGCAACCCGACCAUCAUCCGCCAGAGUCUGAUCCCUACCCAGGGCGCAGUGCGGAUCACGUCCCCCAGCCUAGUGCAGCAGCAAAAGCAGACCAUCGUUCCUGCGGUGGCCACAGCAGCCACCCAGGAGUCGCCCGCCUCUACCUCCCAGGUGCCACCAACCCCCCAGCAACCACAGAAUCCCCCACCCUCAGAGUAGACAGUUUGUGUAAAUAACGAUUUGAUGCUCGGUGUGAAUAAAUAAUUUUUUGCAACCAAUU